CUGGCGCCUCCCGCAGCCCGCCGGCGGCUGCUGCCUAUUUUAGUCACAGCGGCGGCGGGGGGCCGCGGCCGGACGUGGGGCCGGGCGGGGGCUGCUGCCGGCUCCGGGAGCCGCGAGGAGCGGAGCGCCCGCACCGCCCCGUCCCGUCCGACCCGCGCCGUCCAUCCAGCCGGGAAACUUUGCCGAGGGCGCCCGGCAGGGGGCACGGGGACAGAUCAGAUAAAACUACAGAUGACAUGGCCAAAGUCAAGACAACGUGUGAACUGAUGAGAAACAGCAUUGCCUUCUGAGAACAUCAGCUUCCUACUUUCUGGAGAUCCUAAAUGCAACUUUACUACCAAAAGAGACCCUGAUGUUAUGUGAUCAUUGAGCAGUUUGCAAGAAUGGGAAAGAGAAGGACUUCACUGGCUGUAUCGCAUCAAUAACAGUUUCAUAAAUUCAGCUGAAUCAAAAAAAUUAGUCCAGCCAUGGGCGAAAAUGCAAGUUUUUGGGAAAGCUUGAUAUAUGCACAUCCUACGUGUGUCACCUGGAAGCAAGAGGCAGAGGGAUCUAUCUACCACCUAGCUAGUAUUCUCUUUGUUGUUGGCUUCAUGGGUGGAAGUGGAUUCUUUGGGCUUCUCUAUGUCUUCAGUUUGCUUGGAUUAGGCUUCCUCUGCUCUUCUGUUUGGGCUUGGCUGGAUGUCUGUGCUGCUGAUAUAUUCUCCUGGAAUUUUAUACUGUUCGCUAUAUGCUUUGUACAAUUCAUUUAUGUUACCUACCAAGUUCGGAGUGUUUCCUUUGACAAAGAAUUCCAGGAACUCUACAGCGCUCUCUUCCAGCCUCUAGGAAUUUCCUUAACUGUCUACAGGAAGAUUGUCAUGUGCUGUGAUGCAGAAGUGGUUACCCUGGAGAAGGAGCACUGUUAUGCUAUGCAAGGCAAAACACCUAUUGACAAGCUGUCUUUGCUUGUAUCAGGCAGGAUCAGAGUGACAGUUGAUGGGGAGUUUCUGCAUUAUAUUUUCCCUCUUCAAUUUCUGGAUUCUCCUGAAUGGGAUUCACUGAGACCCACAGAAGAGGGAAUUUUCCAGGUAACGCUUACAGCAGAGACAGAUUGUCGGUAUGUGGCCUGGAGGAGAAAGAAGCUGUACUUGCUGUUUGCUAAGCACCGUUUCAUCUCACGCCUGUUCUCAAUUUUAAUCGGGAGCGACAUCGCCGAAAAACUGUAUGCCCUGAAUGACAGGGUGCACGUGGGGAAGGGCUUUAGGUAUGACAUCCGCUUGCCCAACUUCUACCACACUUCGCUUCCUGAGACGCCCCCAGUGCCACCCCCACGCCGCCUGCAGAGGAGAUCCUCGGGGCGGCCACGGCCAGGUGUUCCCAAUUACAGCUCCCCCAGGAAGCAGUAACGUGGGGAUGUACACCCUGACCGUUCCCAGAGCUGAUAUGGGAAACAUCUGAGCAUAGAGAUGAAGUGGAGUGAGACUCGGUAACGCCAAAUUUGACUGAAGUGCCACUUACUUUAGCUGGAGUAGCUUGAAUUCUUCCAGUAGAGCCAGCUGGUUGGCUUGUGCGUUUUGACUACUCGUGCAAUAUGUUUUGUUUCUGUUGAUUCUUCUGUUCGUCUUCUUACGUCAGGAGGAAAACAAAUGAUAAAAGGCUGUAGUUUUAUUGUAAUUGUGGCAGCCUCUGUGUAGUGUUCCUUAAAACAAUAACAAAACCAAAAAGCAACAACACAAAACCAACCAACUCUAACCACGGUGUUUGUGAUUAUGCUUUAAAUUACUUGCCGUAAUGAAAUACACGGCUCUGCGUUAAUGCAAACAACCGAGCUGUCUUCAAAACACAGCAACCUGUUUAUAACACCGAAUUGUUGCUGUGCGAGCCUUGUUCCAAUUAAGGAAGAAUGUUACAGAAAAAGCAAGGGUUUGUAUUGUUCUUCUUUGUGAAGAACUGAAAGAGUUUGAAGUGCUCAAAUUCUUCUAACAAACAAAACAAAACAAGAAACCUUGUCCCAUGAGUGAUGGCUUUCUCUCAGGCUGUCCUAAAAGGGCAUUAUGUGAAAACAAUCAUCAAUGUAAUUACUGGCAUUGGAAAAGUAAAGCAGUUAAUUGCUGCAAAUAUCUACUAGGGAAAUGAUUGUGCAGUGUUUCUAAUAGAAUGUAAUCCUAAAGGACCUGGACUUCCAGGGUGUAAGUGCCAUUCAUGACAUGUACAAUAAAUACUGUUAAUCAGUCAACUGUCAAACCAUGGGAGUUUGUUUUACAGUGUCCUUUUUGGCCAGAUUUGUCAGGAAGAAACUAAGAAACUACUGCCGCAGCAAGAACAAUUUUGAGCUGAAGCAUUCUUGCUUAGCUUCCGGAGUCGCUUCUCUGUGCCUAUGAAAUCCUUGAUUUAAAAUGUAUUCUCUUCCUAAAUCUAUGGUGUUUUAGUAAAACGAGAGGAGCAUCAGAACAAGCUUGAGUGGGAGAAAGUGAGUUCUGAACCGUGAGGUCACUCUGCCUUUGGGGAGAAGACUUUGAAUGUCUUUUCUAGCUCACCUUCCUGCUGCUGUGCUUGAUGCACGCCACUAAUCCAAAAAUAAGAAGCAUUACUAUUUCAUGAGACUGUAUUGCUGCUUGAUAGAUCUCAAGGUAGAUCACUUUUUUAAUAUUUAAAAUCAAAAACUGCUGUGCUGUUUGGUAGGACAACUACCCUGUAUUUAUUUGUGUGUGUGCCGGUACAUGUUUGAGUUCAGAUCCUGAGGGCUGGAGGGCUUAGGACAGUGCUGCAACCUUGUGCUUGAAAGGUAAUUGGGCAGUGUGUGUACAACAGAUCUGUUAGAAGGGGUCUGAAACAGCACCUGUUUGUAUGGCCUUCAGUGUGUUACAAUGCUGUCCGCAUUCUCCUUUUAGCUUUAGGUCCCUUCCUCAGGGAGAGAAAUCUGGCAGGCAUAAAUAGCAGAGCAUGUGAUGCAGUAAUCCCUAAACCUUGCUAACAACCAUCUGCAUUAUGUAUUCUGUGUUUGUUACACUGUGAAACCGCUGUAAUUUCUUUGGAAUUGUUAAAAUGUGAGAGGAGGAUUCACCAACAGCUGUUGAAGGCUGCCUCAGGAAACAACCAAGGCACCAAGUGCCAGAGCCUGGGAACACAUUAGGGGCAAGGCUGUAUGCUCUGGUUGGACACUGCUCAUUAAGUGGCCACUCUUCUCAGUAUUCUUGAAUAUAUAGAAUUGUCCCGUACAUAUCUAAUAGAAAACAUGCCUUAAAUAGGGCAAGCAUGACCGAUCAUCUUUAAAAUAAGACCAAAGAGUCAUGUCCAGCCAUUUCUGCUUCUGUUUAAGCUAUAGCAUACUGCUUAGAGAGAGACCUGUUCUGCAGAUACAGGUGCCCCUUUACAUACUUGAGUAUUUUUCUCUUCUUUGUGACUAGCGUGUGCUGUAGUGUCAGUCAUCUUUCCAACCGCAGCCAUUUGUGAUGCUUUGGUUGGACUGGUUACUGUCAGUAAUCUCUACUAGGAUGUGGCUGAGUCAAUAUCUAAAUAUCUGAAUAAAUGUUCUUGUUUGGCUUUUGGUACGAUGCUUUUGGCGCUUUGAGUCACCUUCUAAAAAUCAUUUCCUGUUUUUUAGCAUCUGUUUGAGUCAUGACUAGCAGAACAUUUUGACUGUAGAAUUCAGGGCAUAUAUCUACAAUAAAAUACAUACACACAAGAAAGGACUGUAAGUGAGACACCAAGCUUUUGCCACCCCUGUGUUUUGAAUCUUGACAGUGCUCCUAAAUUGUACUGUCGAAUACUCUCUGCUAUGUGAUUCAUAAGAUUAUAUUUUGGUAGAUCUGUAUUAUUUUCCUUAAGUAAAGAAGUGCUCAUACUGA